ACGACCCCCCCCCCGAGGUGGUUGGGCACCGGUUGUAAGGUCGACCCGUCUCCUUGGCUCUCCACCCGAGACUGACGACGGUUGAUGCUGCUCUGCUGCACCUGGAAGGACGGACGCAUGGGAGAGGAGGAAGCCGGAGAAAGUUUGCCCGUGUGUGCGGCGUGCAAGUCGAGGAUCUACGAUGAGCGGUACCUUCAGGCGCUCGGCACUGACUGGCACACCGUCUGUUUCAGAUGCUGUGAGUGCAGCACCUCGCUGUCCCACUGGUACUACGAAAAAGACGGGCGGCUCUUCUGCAAAAAUGACUACUGGGCCAAGUUUGGGGAGUUGUGCCACGGCUGCAGUGACCUGAUCACCACUGGCCUCAUUAUGGUCGCAGGGGAGCAAAAAUACCACCCCGAAUGCUUCACCUGCCUGAACUGCAGGACGUUCAUCGGCGAUGGAGACACGUACGCUCUGGUGGAGAGGUCCAAACUCUACUGUGGUCACUGCUACUACGAGACCAUCGUCACGCCCGUGUCGCUGCCGGACUCGCCGUGCUCCCGCAUCCCUCACACGGUCACGCUGGUGUCGAUCCCCGCGUCCGCCGACGGUACCAACGGGCGCCGCGGGAGGGGCUUCUCCGUGGCCAUCGACCAGCCGCCCGGCCGGAACGAGGACCGCGGCCCCGAGCUCGGACGCACAGUCAGGGUCUCUCAAGUGGAUGCCGACUGCAUCAGCCCAGAUGUGAAAAAUUCCAUCCACGUGGGAGACCGCAUCCUCGAAAUCAACGGGACGCCCGUCCACAACGUUCCUUUGGACGAGAUCGACCUCCUCAUUCAAGAGACGAGUCGGCUGCUCCAGCUCACCAUCGAGCACGACCCCCACAGUCGGGUGGAAGAGGGGAGCUCUUCGGCGGUUGGAGAGCAGGUGGACGGCCCCCUGGCCCUCCCCGUGUCUGGGGGGCCCGGCCCCACCCUGCCCAUCACGCAACCCCCCAUCGCUGACAUCAGCAACUUGAAAUCGCGCCUCGUCACGCGGAGCUACAGCAUCGACAGGUCGCCGGGUUCCAGCGAAGCCGCGUCGCCCGUCUCGCCGAGGAAGGACAUCAACCGCUCCGAGUCGCUUCGAGUGGUCUCCAACCGGACCCACCGCAUCUUCCGCCCGUCGGACCUCAUCCACGGGGAGGUGCUCGGGAAGGGCUGCUUCGGACAGGCCAUCAAGGUGACCCACAGGGAAACGGGGGAGGUGAUGGUCAUGAAAGAGCUGAUCCGCUUCGAUGACGAGACGCAAAGAACCUUCCUGAAAGAGGUCAAGGUCAUGCGUUGCUUGGAUCACCCCAACGUGCUCAAGUUCAUUGGCGUCCUCUACAAAGACAAGCGGCUCAACUUCAUCGCAGAGUACAUCAAGGGAGGCCCCUUGAGGGAAGUCAUCAAGAAAAUGGACAGCAACUACCCGUGGAACCAACGCGUCAGUUUUGCCAAGGACAUCGCUGCCGGGAUGUCGUAUCUGCAUUCCAUGAACAUCAUCCACCGAGACCUGAACUCUCACAACUGUCUCGUCCGUGAGAACAACACGGUGGUGGUGGCGGACUUCGGCCUGGCGCGGCUCAUGGUGGACGACAAACUCGAGGACAAAUUUCCGCAGGGCAAACUGCCGGGCCUGAAGAGGCCCGAUCGCAGGAAGAGGUACACGGUGGUGGGGAACCCCUACUGGAUGGCCCCCGAGAUGAUCCACGGAAAAAGUUACGACGAGAGGGUGGACAUCUUUUCGUUCGGUAUCAUGCUAUGCGAGAUCAUCGGCAGGGUCAACGCCGACCCCGACUACCUCCCCAGGGCGGUGGACUUCGGGCUGAACGUGUCGGGCUUCCUGGAACACUACUGCCCCCCCGAUUGUCCCGUCGCCUUCUUCCCCAUCGCCGCCGCGUGCUGUGACCUUGACGCCGAUAAACGCCCGGCUUUCUCCAAACUGGAGGAAUGGUUGGAGAACCUGAAGAUGCACCUGGAAAUGGGUCUGCCGCUCGUGUCGGAGGCGGAGCAGCUGCAUAAGGCCUUCUGGGAGAGCAACGGCGUCCCGCGGCCCGAGAACGGCCUGCACGUCCACCCGGAACAGCCGGAGUAAGGCGGGGGACUGGGGGGGGGGGGGGGGACCGGAGAGAGUCCGAAGCGGCGGGCGGCGUCCUCGAGGCAAUCGCGUAUACGUACUGUAGUCGCUCCCCCCUCGCGACCCGUGCGCCCUGGUUUAGACUCGGGGGCGUGGAGGGGGGUCAGCGUGCAUCUGAAAAGCCACUUGGAGUUCGAGUUCGAGUCCAGUGGUGAGACUUCUCCCAUGACCGCUUGAUUCUACUGCACACGAUGCUGAAAAUACGGCAAUGACGUUCGCAAUCAGCAUCCGCCUUUCUAAUAAUAACUCUGGUCGUGGAUGAUCUCGAUAUACAAUUGCAGUUCCAGGUGUGUGCGUAUAUAUUCAUGUGGCCAAAACAACGAAGCAGGCAAAAAAAAAAAUUAAAAAAGAAAGUCUGGGCUUCUGUCGAGCACGUCACGCACGACACGCGUUUUUGCAAGCGUGACUUUGAUCUCAUAGCGAGGUCGUCUCGAGAGUGCAUGACUGUACAUUUUGGUUUCAUUUUCAUUCGUCCUGUCCGAAAAUUGUUCAUCCUGAUUGUGUAGCACUGAUUCAACUGUGAGGGACACACACACACAUAAACACGUGCACUCACGCGCACGGCUAAGGCUAAAGCUAAAGCUAAAACGCGUCAUCGUCCUACCCGAUAUUGUGGCGUCUUCAAUAUUCCAACUCGCUCCGGUGUGCGUCAGCGGCGACAUUGUAAAUGUGUUAAAUAUUGUACAUGUAAAGACAUAUUUUGUAUACAUAUUUGAAUGAAUGCCAUAUUCUUAUUGGCCGGCCCCACUUUACGGAAGUUGCAAAGUUUUGACGGACGAUUUGCGUGUACUUUUUACUCCCGUUUGCGCUCGUCCCGCGUUUUCAUCCGGCGUCGAAUCAUUUCCGUUCCCUUUUGGAAUAUGAUGAAAACGCCCUUCAAAUUCUGAAAAGAGGAGAUACUGUAUACAGUAUAUUUUUACGUUGUUCCUUUGAGCAAUACCAGAUACUGGCUCACAAGUUUGCGACGUGCACGACGGGGCCGCGUUGGAAAUUCUCGCGUCCACAAAAUUUCUCACUCGCACCUUUUAAAUCUGUUGGCUGUAAACUGCAAAAAAAAAAUAAUAAUAAUAAUAAUGAUAAUAAUCACUCUUAUUUCUGGCUUACGCUCACACAAGCUGCAUGGUACAAUUCCGAACGUCGGGUCCGCCUUCUAAGCCUGAAUAUUGUGACGUUUUGAAAUGGAUAUUUCAAAAACAGCAUCUCUUUUUUUGAUAGAUAUCGCUAUGGAAACCACUGAAAUCUUUUGUAUCGAUUUUAUUUGCACUAUAUUAACCAAAUGGCUUGUUUAUGCCAUGUUUUUGUUGAUGUUUUUUUCCCUUUUUUGGGCUACUUGUGAUAAUUAGAAGAUGAUGUUGGUUCAGGUUGAUGCGAAGACACUGGUUGAAAUAUUUGGGACGUUUUUGGGGAAUCCAACCCCCUCGACAUCAAACUGGACUUGAUUUAUGAAAAUGUAACAGCUUGCGUCAUUUGGAUCGCUAAAUAACAUUUUAAAGGUGUCCAGUUUGAAUGCGCGGGGGGCGUUUCCCCGCGUUUGCUUCUCCCAGCUCCGCUUGCUGCCUUGCUCAGUGGUCUCUCGUCAGGCGUGUCGUUUGUAAGCGUUGCAAACACUGAGCGAGUCUUUUUUUUUUUUUUUUUUUUUUUUUUUGGCCCAAAGCGCACCCGAACGUUGACGUCUUCUGGCUCAGGGCCGUCCCCUUUUUCCCCGGUUGUUCCGUCAAUCCGCAGCACGACAGCAGACGACGAGAGCGAAAGCGCCUGCGACGGCUUUUAACGGCCGCUGUUGAAAAACGGCUCAACGCCGCGGCUAAUUUCUGGCGCGAGCGCGUCGAUGAUGUCUCGGUGAGGUCGGCGCGGUGAUGGACGAGCGGUGGCGUCUCUGGCAUGAAAAGUUGAGCGGGGCGACACGCGGGCCAAACCUGCACAAGAAAUGAUAUCUCAAAAUCUGGAAGAGAAUCCGUUUUAUUUCGUAGCUUUACAUGUGAAGGCUGUGAAUAAAAACUUGGCUUCCAAAUGAAAGUAUGACUCACCGGCGCCGUUCACGUCGACCUUUCAUCUCCGGUCCAAUAAUCCCACGUAUGAAUUCAUUUUCAAAUGGACAACAUGGCCAGUGCAUUUAAUCUCUGCUGGUCUAUUGUGGUUCUCGUCGCUGUCUUGAUGUUUUUUUAAGCGUUGAAAAGUUUCUGACACGGUUGUUUGUCAUGAUCAUUUUGGGCAGUGACGCGUUGGGUUAAUGCAUCAACUUAACUGCAGCCGUGGCACGGCGUCGCCAGUACCCAACUCUUGAGUGACUGCUCAGUUGAGUUUCUUGCUUCCAGGUGGCCAAAUUUUAGUCGCGCUUUUCAAAUUCAGCUCAUGGAAAUGACUUUCUGAACUGGAACUACAGAAAGUGUGCAGUCCACCGGUUGUGCUGCUGCUUCUGCCCCGUAUCAUGAUUUUGCAUUCAAGCACGUACUAAUGCUCGCAGGCACAUGCUCGUAUUCCUCAUUGUGCGCUUCAAUGGCACAUUUAUGAGGGCAAUUUAACUGUCCCACGCAAAUUCGGUUUCGGGGAAUCCGCAACAUGUGAGCCACGGCCAGACCUUCAAAAGAUAUUUCAGAUCUUUGAAUCCGGUUGUAGGCCUUUUAGCAUCUCGAGGAAAGCAAAACAGUGAUUUUCUGAUCGCGUAUCUGGUCAGCCACGGUUUCCUCUCGAACCUUUCGAGGUUUUGUCCUUUGCUGCUUGAACGAUGUUAAAAAUCCACCGGCUGACGCGGUCCCAAACGUUUAAUUUCUCAUUUUUUUGCUCAAGCGGCAAAGUGCUAAAUUGAGCCGUCAUCAAAAUAUGGGCAUCGUUCAUUUUUUUUUUUUUUUUUUUUAUGAGUUGCUUUUAUUCGUCUUUUAAGCUCGCCCCCACAACUGAACGUUUGUUACUGUCAGUGGCCGAUUUCGGACUGGGCGACACUUUUUCAGUCGAAAUUACUGAAAUUUGUGAUUGAUUUUGGUAAAGCCUUUUGGAUUAUGCAAAAUGUUUCCAACGGCAUUGCCUGAGCAAAAUCAUUGGUAUUCAUAAUUCUGGAUAUUAUUCUUCGUGGUGAGAAUGAUUUUUGAGGCCGCCAGCGCCAUCUGGUGGGGCCCCCGAAUGCAGAGACGCCACUGUGGAUUAGAAUGUUGCCGCGGCCCUUCUUUGCAAAGGAUCAAUACCUCUGAUCAAUGCUGUGCCUUUGUUGUAAGCUAGCCUUGCUAAUGACUUGAAAAUGACCUGCUUUCCUGAUUAUUAUUUGUAUUUAUUUCAUCUGUUUAUUUUUUUCUGUAAUGUACCAUUCGUGCAAGCCUGACUUCAGUGGACUGAAUAUCAUCGCUGAUCGUGUUAAGAUUUUCUUCCAGUCCAAUCUCAUAUUUAUAUUUUCUGUACCCUCACUCUCCUGUUUUGAUAUUACACCUUUUUUUUCUCGUCUUCUUUAAUUUUUACACAAGCUGUGAAUACAAUUCUGCACUUUAAAUUCUGAACGUGGACAUUCAAACUCCUGAGGAGGCGAGUGUUUGUUUGUUUGUUUCUGUUUUUUCUUUUUACUUUUUGCCACAGGUGGAAAAUAAAAUUGUU